AUGAUGAACCCACCCCAAAUAGUCACCCUCAUUUUGUUGCUUCCCAUUUUCCUACUAAAUACAAUAUCUUCCUCAACACAUGUAGCUGCACACCCAGCAGCAGCCACAGCGUUGUUGAAAUGGAUAAACACUUUACCAACAAUACCCCAAUCUCUAAAAACUUCGUGGUCCCAAAAAAACAUCCCAAACUUGUGCACAGCUUGGCAUGGUGUUACUUGCAAUAAUAAUGGUUUGGUUAUCGCUCUUAACCUAUCCAAUGCUGGUAUCACCGGAACUUUGGCUCAUCUCGAUUUCACCUCAUUACCCGCCCUCCAAAUUCUAAACCUCAACGGAAACAAAUUCAACGGCUCUAUACCACAAAAUAUCAACACCCUGUCAAACCUCACUUCCUUAAUCCUCAGCAACAAUAUGUUCAACAAUGCCAUUCCACCCGGGAUUGGAAGACUAACCAAACUGCGGAAUUUAACUCUCUUCAACAACAAUUUGAUAGGGAAUAUCCCUUCAGAGAUUGCCCGCCUCAACCUUGUGUACCUCGAUUUAGGCGGCAACUUUUUUGAUGCCUUUCAUAAUAAGAUUUUAUCCGAAACCAGUUGUUCCCCUUUCUUGACCUAUUUUAGCGCCACCCUAAAUGAACUCACUUCCGAAUUCCCGCUUUUCAUACUAAACUGUAAGAACCUCAUGUUUCUCGAUCUUUCUCAAAACCACCUCACAGGUGGUAUACCGGUUUCCUUAGGUCAACUUACAAAACUUGAGCAUUUAGACCUUUGGUCAAACAGUUUAACUGGGAAAAUUCCUCCCGAGCUUGGGCAGUGCACUAAUCUGGCCUACUUAUCACUAGCCACGAAUUCCCUUUCCGGGACUCUGCCCAAGUCCCUGUCAAAUUUAAUCAACUUAUCCGAUUUGGCAUUAUCCAAAAACAACUUAUCCGGCAGUACUUUAUCCUAUUUUCUCACCUCGUGGACCAAACUAAAAACCGUAGAGCUCCAAAACAAUCAUUUCACAGGGGAAAUCCCAUCCCAGAUAGGCCUACUCACAAAUCUCAACCUUUUAUCACUUAGUAAUAAUGAUUUUACGGGCAAUAUACCGGAAGAAUUAGGAAAUUUGAGGGAGCUGACAGGGUUAUACCUCGCAACAAACUUUCUGUCGGGCAACAUACCUCGGGCGUUAGGGAACCUGAAAAGCCUCUUGACGCUCGAUUUGUCUGAAAACAAACUCAGUGGGAAUAUUCCUGCUCAGAUUGGGCAACUCAAGUCCCUCCAGUACCUUUUGCUCAGCAACAACAACCUGACAGGGUCCCUUCCCCACUCCAUCUCCAACCUCCAAAAUCUGAUCCGGGUGCGUCUCGACGGUAACAAAUUUAGUAGUAAUAUUCCAGAGGUUUUUGGCACACUUGAGCAGCUCGAGUUCUUAAGCCUGAGCGAGAAUCAAUUCACCGGCCCGAUCCCGUCCAAAUGGGCCCACAACUCACGCAUCACCGAUUUACUCAUCAAUGAUAACAAAAUAUCUGGAAAGAUUCCAUCCGAGCUAGGGAAUCUCAAAGAACUGCGUGUCCUCAACUUGAGCUCCAACAGACUAACCAAGAAUAUCCCGGCAGAGCUCAAGAAUCUGAGCAAGCUUCGCCAUCUCGAUAUAAGCAGCAACCAUUUGACCGGAGAAAUCCCUCGGGAGGUCUACCAGCUGACAGCACUCCAAUAUCUUCAUCUGUCAAAUAAUAAAUUGGCGGGGAAGAUUCCAGAUGAAAUCGGGAGUCUGAGACGCUUGCUGAGAUUGAACUUGAACCAUAACCGUUUAUCAGGUAACGUACCAGAUGCAAUUGGCAACUUGAAAAGUGCCAAGUAUGUGGUAGACCUGAGUUAUAAUUUGCUGUCGGGGGCCAUCACGCCGUCAUUUGGAGGGCUGACCAACUUGGAGAGGUUGGACCUGUCGCACAACAAUUUUAUGGGCAAGAUUCCAGCAAAUGUGUGCAACAUGGUUGCUAUAAUCUAUUCCGAUUUUUCUGGCAACAAGUUGUCGGGAGUCGUGCCCGACCCGGAUGAUCUCUAUGAAUCAGUAGCCGAUGGACACACUAGAUGCAAAAUACUCUAA